GUAGAAUUAAGAGUUUUGUACAAAAGUCACGUGUGGUAUGAGUGAUGGAUGCUGGUUCACAAAAUCACCGGUCACCACACGACGAUCCACAGAAGCCUCGGAGUCGAAAGAAUAGGACAAAGUCUUCAACGAAUUCGGUGGCAUGCAACCAACACGACAGUACUGGAGUUGCGAGUGAGUUUUGAGCUUUCCAUUUCCAAAAGGCGUAACUAACUUGGGCGCGAAACACGGGGCACUUUCGUCAACUCACAACCCUUCAAAAUUCGCCCAUCGCAUCUUCUUCGUCUUCUUCCACACUUUUAUUAAACCAACCAACACACCGCCAAUAUUCAAUAGUUAGAGAGACAAACCAUGGCGGCUUCCGAUGGAAGCGAGUACUACGAAAUAGGAUCGAUCGGAAGCGAGAGCUUCGCGAUGCCUUCCAACGCCGAGACCGUGGCGGAGGACGAGGAGGAGCUCCAGUGGGAGGCGCUCGCCAGGCUGCCGUCGCAGAAGCGCAUCAACUUCGCGCUCCUCCGCGCCUCCUCUUCCCGCCGGCAAGUUCCGACGCAAGGUUCCGCUCCGGAUAACUUAAUCGAUGUCCGGAAGCUGAGUCGCUCGCACCGCGAGCUUGUCGUUAAGAAAGCACUCGCCACCAACGAACAAGACAACUACCGCCUCCUCGCCUCCAUCAAAGAACGCCUCGACAGGUUCCGAUUCAAAUUAUCGAUUAUCGUUUGCUUCUAUUUUUGGUGUUAUUUUCAAUCUGAAUUAAAUUUUUGCCUCGAUAAUUGCAUUUGCAUGAGAAACAUCUUCACCGCGGAUUAGAGAUGUGAAAACUAAUUCUGAUUUCUGAUUACAACAUCAA